AUGGAGAUCUCCACCUCCACGCCUACAAUAAUCAGAGCCCCCAUCAUCUCCAUCUUCAUCUCCCUCCUCAUUCUCUCCGCCCAAGCCCACCUCUCCGGCGUAAAAAGCUUGCCCGCCGACGCACGGGAGUACCUCGCCGCCCACAACGAUGCCCGCCUGAGCAAGGGCCUCUCGCCUCUGCAUUGGGACGAGAAGCUCGCCAAGUUCGCCCUCCAGUGGGCCACGCAGCGCCGGGACGAUUGCAACCACCGCCUCCACUCCGGCGGCCCCUACGGCGAGAACAUCCUCUGGGUGAAGUACGACGAGUACACGCCGUCGAUGGUCACCGAGCGGUGGACCGUCGAGGAGAAGAAUUACGACCACAAACGGCUCCGCUGCGGUUGCCAGCCGGAGACGAGCAAGUGUAUGUGCGGGCAUUACACGCAGGUGGUAUGGAGCAAUACUAAGAGGCUUGGAUGCGCCAACGCCACCUGCAACAAUGAGUUGGGUUUGCUCGUGGUUUGCUCCUACGAUCCGCCGGGAAAUUACGCCGACGAGAACCCCUUUCAGCCGCAGCCGCAGUUGCCGCCGUCCGUAAUUAGAAAACCGCCGCCAGCUCCCAUAACUAAAAAAUCGCCGCCGACUCAAACAAUUAUAACUAAGCAAACGCCGCCAGCGCCAGCAGUUACCGAGCAUCCAUCGCCGCUGACUCAAACUGAUACAAAUAAGCAACCGCCGCCAUCACCGCCGCCAACUCAAACAAUUACAAAUAAGCAACCGCCGCCAGCAACCGUAAAAGGAAAACCGCCUCCAGCACUAGUAGUUACAGAGAGGCCAUCACCACUGCAAACAAUUGUAAAGAAGAAACCGCCGACAACGUCCAUAGCUGGAAAACCUCCUCCAGUACCAGUAGUUACAAAGUUGCCAUCACCGCCGUUGACUCAAACAGUUGCAAAGAAGCAACCGCCGCCAUCACCAGUAGUUACCGAGCAGCCAUCACUGCUACUGACUCAAACAGUCUCGGAAUCGUUGCCCGCUUCAAACAAGAAACAGAAAAGCAUUCGUACUGAGCUUGUUCCUUGA